AUGGAAGAAAGUAAUGAAGCCGAAAAUGAUUUCGUGAUCGGACUCCCGGUGGAAGAAACGGUUGGUUACGACUACAACAACUUUACGUUGAUGUGGGGUCGACCAACGCCGCCGCCGUUGCCGUCCCAAAAUGAAGACGGAGGCGGAGACGAGGUGGAAGAAGCGGUUGAUUACGAUAACUCCUUUACCUUGAUGCAGUUCGAAUACGAGCUGCUCUCUCAAUUCGAUACGCGUUACUACAGCAAGGACGACGACGUUGUUGACGAUGGAGAAGACGACUGCUGCGUAUGUCUCCAGCGUCUGCACCAUGGACUCGUUGCGACUCUGCAUUGUCGCCACGAGUUUCACGAGGACUGCAUAGGGAGGUGGCUUGUCCGUGGCCAUGAUUCGUGCCCCCUAUGCCGCCACGAGUUUUACGACCAUCUGUCUUUUGUUCUCUAG